ACUAUUGCUUAUUUGUGGCACGUGGUUCCCAUUGUUCUGGAAUUUGUUCCAGAGAGAGAGAGAGAAAGAGAGAGAGAAUCAUCACCACACUGCAGAACAACCUUUUGCAGUGUAACAGAAUGUGGAACAAGAAAAACGAAGAGAAGGAAGACUUUGGCAUUAUCGUUAUUCUUUGGAAACAAGUAACAGUGAAAGAAGACGGAAAAGUUCCUUUGGAACCCUUUUUAACAGCUGCGAAGGAAGUUUUGCGCGUCGUGGAUGCGUUUGGUUCAGGUUUCCGCAUAGUGAAGAAUGAUAUUGCUGGAAAUAUUAAAAAACUUUAUCGUGCCAAUCAAACCGUUCAUGCAGAAACUUUACAAGAACUCAUCAUUGCCGAAAACUCUCCCGAUGGAUUGGCUACCGUCGCUUUGUUAUGGUUGAAGAGAGCCUUUCAAUUUAUUGCUAGCUUUCUUCGAAGACUCGUUGUAACUGAUAAAAGUUUGGAACAAUGUGUAACUGAAGCUUACAACUGUACCCUUCGACCUUGUCAUAGUGCUGUUAUACAAAAAGUAUUUUGGGGAGGAGUCAAAUUGGCGCCAAGUAGAGAAAGGUUUUAUAGGAAAUUGCAUCCUGACCUAAACAUUGCCAAGGCAAAGAUCGAAGAGUUUUUAAUAGAGUUACAUGACCCUUUGUGCUGUAUUGUUCAGUUUUUCUUUCAACGUGAACUUGAAGAUCAGUGUUGGGGAGAUGAAGUUUAUCAAAGGAAGGAUUCGAGUGAAUGGUUGAAGGUUUCUUGUGAACAGGACAGUGUUUGAACAAAGCUCGUUUCUUUUCUAUGAUACUAAAGACAUUCGGUGUAGA